GUGUGUGUGUGAAAGAGGGAAAACGGUACCAGAUCCUGGAAGUGACACUAUCAUGAAACAAAGUGUGCAGAGUGAGUUAUCGGUAGCGCCCGGUAAUAUCGGUAGCUACGGGAUGUUUGGCGGCAAUGGAGGAAACACCAACACAACCAACCGGAAGCGACCAUUGCCGGUAUCCAGCACAUCGUUGUGCCUGCUAGCCCUAACGACAGUGGCGCUGGUGUGCACAUGCGUUACCGCCACUACGGAAGCCACGAUAGUAAAUGCGACCAGUGUCACGGAGUCGGCAGGAAGCAACGUCACUAGCAGUGGGCGAGCAAGCGGACGUCCCCUGUUCUCCACCGGCAACCAGUUGUGGGACGCACUGAUUGCCGACUGUAUGCGUAAGCCAACGUUUGCCUGCAUACAGAAGAACGUGUACAGCUUCCUGGGCGAGCAGCUGGACGUAGAAAACGUCAACUUUACCAACCGCGUACAGUUCCUACGGAAUCGGGUCGAUUUCACCAAGUACACACGGGAAGCAAACGAAGCCGGCGAUGAGGAGGAGGACAAUGAAAACGAAAUCCCGGACGCUCGCAGUGCAUUCGAACCGGCGUCACCGAUCGAGGAAGUCACCACGGCCCUGCGGGAGAAGAGCCUCAAGUUCAUGCUAACGCACGACGUCAGCAUCCAGAUGCCGGAGGUUAUGUUCGAUGGUGCAAUCUUCCGCAUCGAGCCACGGGCCAUCGAGGGCAACGGGAUGAUUGCGAAGCUGGAGUUCGUGCCGCGUACUGAGCUGGCGGAAGCACGCGGCCACGGCACACCGAGGAUCCUGUUCAAGAAGAUUAAGAAAUUCUUCCAGAAUAAGCUCCUCCUGGCCUUCCUGGCGAUCGUGCUGAUUAUCAAGAUCAUCAAAAUCAAGGUGAUGUGGUUGCUGCCGCUGAUGGUCGGCGUCGGCACGGCCAAGAAGCUGGUGCUGAAGUUCCUGCUGUUCCUGUUCCCGGCUCUGUCGCACAUAUUCAAGCUCUGCUCGUACUAUCACGCGUCCUACCACAAGCCAAACUUCCACCACCAUCAGCACCAUAUCAACCAUCUGCACACGUUCUACCCACACAACCAUGAUCAUGCCGUUCCGGAGCUGAUUUACACCAAGCCUCCGCGAGGCCACCCGUCGGAGUUUUUACAUGGCGCACCGGUCCCUCCCCAUACGCACUAUCAGCCGGAGGUGAACUAUGAGUUUACCGCUCCUGGUUUGGGUUCAGAGUUCAUUAGCGAUAGAAACUCGUACGUAGACACAUCGUUCAAGCCAAAGUACGAUGACUUGAACGAUAUCAAAGCAUGGGGUUUGGGCGAAAGCACAAAUACAUCAGCACCACAAUCAUCGCCAUACUUCACCUCGCCGCCCGCCUCCUCCAAUGGUGCCGUCGGCGGCAGCGGCAGCUACAAUGUAAAUCCACUCACGCAGCACGCCUCCAGCAGAGUCAACAGUCCGAAGCCAGUGUACGGACCGCCAGGAUAUACCUCGUCCGCCCAAAAGCGCAUCCCAACCGGAGCGGCCACCUCGAUCGCAGCCCAGUACGUGUCAGCACCCUCCGGGCCAACGCUCUCGGCGGAAGAACAAAUUAUUCGUGAGGCUCAGCGGCAGGAAGCUUACAGGAUAGCGCAGGAGCAGAAGCUAAUCGCCAAGCAGCAAGCGAUCGUGAACCAGCAGGCGUACGUGCAGGAAGGCGUCACACCGCGACCGGUCGAUCCAUUCUACAGUCCCAUCCUGCAGCGGCUGGACAAGGUGUUCAAUUCGCUCGGCAUCGUGGACGAGAGCUGCCGGGAGCGGCUCGUCUGCAGCAUGUACAAGAACCCGGUGAAGUACAGUCCCCACAGCAACUAUGUAUCGGCGGAGCUCAGCAGAGACGCUUCGGAGCUGCAGAAACCAACGUCGACGAACGCAGCCGUUGUCCGGUUCUACCGAUACGUACAAGCGGCGCGUGACGGGCAAGACCAGCGAGACUGUCAACGGAUCUACUCCCAGUGCACGAUCAACAUGGAGAAGAAGAAAAAGAAGUAAAGCACAGUAAUGGACGGUGCACACGACCAGCCACUGCGUUGAAACAAGCACAAAGCAAACAGCAAACACUCAGCGAUCUAUCGAUACAUACCUCAUAGGACAUGUUUUCUUACUCUGUAAAUAGCUCAGUACAUACUUAGGGAAGAAUCUUAAGCCACCUGUGUCCGUGUUGUUUUCUUCGAACUACUACGAGCGCUCUUUUGCGGGAAGUGACACCGAGUAAAGGAACGCGUCUAUUUCAUUCACAAUCAGGCUAGGACUUAAGACAGUAGACUUUCGCCGGACACAAAUGCAUUGUGCCGUUGGUGAGAAGUAGCAAAAGCAACAACAAAAAAACUCCUGGGUGUAGGGAUAUAAUGAUAAGAUUGUGUUGGUGUAAAAAAAGAAAAUCACACACAUACAAAUAGGCCCGAUAGUUUAGUAGUAUAUAGUAGAGUGCACAAUGAGCGAUUGCGCUUGAACAGAAGAUCGCAUUGUUAUCGCGAGAAAGCGAACUCGCAACAAAACUUCGCUUCCGGAAGUUAUAGUUGAGGGUAAUCAAUUUCGGGCAAUAUUUUGCACUGUAGGCCAUGUAGACGUCCCCAUCCGGUUUGACCCUGGGGCACCGUGAAAUGCAGAUGGACGUUUAUUUAUUUAUUUAUUUAUUUGUUUAUUUAUUUAUUUAUUUAUUUAUUUUCUUAUUUAUUGACCUCACACUCACGGCUCGGGUGAUCGCGAUCGGAACGAGAAAAAAAAACAAACAAAUCAUCCAAAAGUAUGCGCCACAUUCAGCGAUCUAUAAAAAGAAGGGAAUCAGAUGAGUUAAAAUUAGUGUGAAAAGAGAAAUGAAUAAAGUUUCGUAGAAUAAAUCAGAGAA